AAUGCCCAUAUUUGGUGUGAGCAGGUGAACGCGAAGGCGGAGGAAGAGGCACGGUUGGGGAGAAAAGGAGGUAUAUAGUCUCCUGCUGAAAUGUGGAUGCUACACUUCAUUGAAGACAUCAUUCCCGGAUUCUUGAAGAGAAAGCAUCCUAACUGACAGAAUGGCUGAAGAUGAUAUUGCUGCACUGGUGGUUGACAAUGGUUCAGGCAUGUGCAAGGCUGGUUUUGCAGGGGAUGAUGCUCCCCGUGCUGUCUUCCCCUCUAUUGUUGGAAGACCCAGACAUCAGGGUGUGAUGGUGGGCAUGGGACAGAAGGACAGCUACGUGGGAGAUGAGGCCCAGAGCAAAAGGGGCAUCCUGACUCUGAAGUACCCCAUCGAGCACGGCAUUGUUACCAACUGGGACGACAUGGAGAAGAUCUGGCAUCACACCUUCUACAAUGAGCUGCGUGUGGCCCCUGAAGAGCAUCCCGUCCUGCUCACAGAGGCCCCACUCAACCCCAAAGCCAACAGGGAGAAGAUGACCCAGAUCAUGUUUGAGACCUUCAACAGCCCAGCCAUGUAUGUAGGUAUCCAGGCUGUGCUUUCUUUGUACGCAUCUGGUCGCACCACAGGAAUCGUGAUGGAUUCCGGGGAUGGCGUUAGCCACACCGUGCCCAUCUACGAGGGCUACGCUCUUCCCCACGCCAUCCUGCGUCUGGACCUGGCCGGACGCGACCUCACGGACUACCUGAUGAAGAUCCUGACUGAGCGUGGCUACAGCUUCACCACCACGGCCGAGAGGGAGAUUGUGCGCGACAUCAAGGAGAAGCUGGCCUACGUGGCGCUGGACUUUGAGCAGGAGAUGAAGACCUCUGCCUCCAGUUCCUCUCUGGAGAAGAGCUACGAGCUGCCUGAUGGACAGGUCAUCACUAUCGGCAACGAGCGCUUCCGGUGCCCUGAGACCAUGUUCCAGCCGUCAUUCAUUGGCAUGGAAAGCACUGGAGUGCACGAGACCACCUACAACUCUAUCAUGAAGUGUGAUGUGGACAUCAGGAAAGACCUGUAUGCCAACACUGUUCUCUCAGGUGGAACCACCAUGUUCCCUGGCAUCGCUGAUAGAAUGCAGAAGGAGAUCAGUGGCUUGGCACCUCCUACUAUGAAGAUUAAGAUCAUCGCCCCUCCCGAGCGUAAAUACUCUGUGUGGAUUGGCGGUUCCAUCCUGGCCUCUCUCUCCACCUUCCAACAGAUGUGGAUUUCCAAGCAGGAAUACGAGGAAUCCGGCCCGUCUAUCGUCCACCGCAAAUGUUUCUAAAGCCUUGACUCUUAACCUCGGUGUUACUCCUUUCAGGGAGUCUGUUAUUUCAGAUGGCUCUCCUGUCCAGAAGCCAACACCUUGCCCCUAUCCCCUAAGCAGCAUUUGUGUGGCCCUAAAAUGAUCAGAUGAGUAGCAGUGACUUCCACCUAUCCUAACUGGUAGAGAUAAAGCCAUAUUGUUUCAGUUCUACAUGGUGUCCUGGGGGGGAGUGACUGGGUGGUUUCUGGGUAGGCUCAGUGUUAGGGUUGUGACAUUCUGCCUUGUGUUGUAUUUGUUACUAUUAGUCUUGUAUGUAACAUCUGCUACUGGGCCAUUGAAUAAAUGUUCACUGUAAUGUGA